GAGACGAUGCAGAUUUAAAUGGAGGUCAGUCUAUGGAGUGACUAAACUUCAAACCAUUCUUCUCCAGAUCCGACUCAUGGAGGAGGUACCCGGCCAAGGUGCUGUGAUGGGAAUGACGGACACGCCGGAGAUGGUGUAUGGUGGAGAAUAUAACGGUGGCAAUGUACGCCCUCCGACUGGUGAAACAACGCCGUUGACGGUAUCGGGAUCUUUUAAGGAUGGGGGAGGAGGAGGGAGGGGUUCGGGUACUACUAGUCGUAGGAGGCCUAUGGUGAGGCCGAGCUUAGACGCGGAUGAGUUUAUAAAUUUGCUCCACGGCUCGGAUCCGGUGAAGCUCGAGCUCAAUCGGUUGGAAAAUGAAGUCAGAGACAAGGAUCGAGAAUUGAGCGAAUCACAAGCUGAGAUCAAAGCGCUCAGGCUCUCUGAACGCCUGAGAGAAAAAGCCGUUGAAGAGCUAACUGAGGAGUUAUCGAAAGUGGAUGAGAAGCUGAAGUUGACAGAAUCUCUUCUGGAAAGCAAGAAUCUUGAAAUCAAGAAAAUCAACGAUGAGAAGAAGGCAUCUAUGGCAGCUCAGUUUGCAGCGGAAGCCACUCUACGAAGGGUUCAUGCAGCUCAGAAAGAUGAUGAUAUGCCUCCAAUCGAGGCGAUCCUUGCACCGUUGGAAGCUGAGCUCAAGCUGGCUAGACAAGAGAUUGCAAAGCUGCAGGAUGACAACAAAGCAUUAGAUCGACUGACUAAAUCGAAAGAGGCUGCUUUACUUGAAGCCGAGAGGACUGUGCAGGUUGCCUUGGCAAAGGCAUCUAUGGUGGAUGAUCUUCAGAACAAGAAUCAGGAACUAAUGAAGCAGAUAGAAAUUUGCCAGGAAGAAAACAAAAUUUUGGAUAGAAUGCAUCGUCAAAAAGUUGCUGAGGUUGAAAAGCUUACCCAAACUGUACGUGAGCUUGAAGAGGCCGUUCUUGCUGGCGGUGCAGCUGCAAAUGCUGUGAGAGACUAUCAACGGAAAGUUCAAGAGAUGAAUGAGGAACGAAAAACUCUGGACAGAGAACUAGCUCGUGCAAAAGUUACAGCAAAUAGAGUGGCAACAGUUGUAGCUAACGAAUGGAAGGAUGCUAAUGACAAAGUCAUGCCAGUAAAGCAAUGGCUUGAAGAAAGAAGGUUCUUGCAGAGUGAGAUGCAGCAAUUGCGGGACAAGCUAGCCAUAACUGAGCGUGCUGCAAAAUCUGAAGCACAGUUGAAAGAAAAAUAUCAACUUCGACUUAGGGUACUAGAAGAUACGUUGAGGUCAUCAGAUGGAAAAAGCAUGAGCAAUUGUUCUUCACGUCGCCAAUCCUUAGGUGGAGCUGAUAACUUUUCCAAGUUGACCUCCAAUGGAUUUUUACCCAAAAGAUCACCAUCCUUUCAGAUAAGGUCGACGCUUCCAUCUGGUUCAAGUUCAGUGUUGCGGCAUGCAAAAGGUACAUCAAAGUCAUUUGAUGGUGGAACUCGAUCACUUGACAGGGGUAAACUUAUCUCAAGUGGAGGUAAUAGUCCUACCUUUAAUAUUGGGGAAUCAUGUGACGGGAUGAAGGACCGUGAGACCCCGAAUAGUUCCUGGAAAGGAAACCCGGAUGGAAAUGAAACAGAGGAUACUGUGCCGGGAUUGUUGUACGAUUUGCUGCAGAAAGAAGUGGUUGCUUUGAGGAAGUCUGGUAAUGAAAAGGAUCAAAGCCUUAAAGACAAGGAUGAUGCCAUUGAGAUGUUAGCAAAGAAAGUAGAUACUUUAACCAAGGCAAUGGAGGUUGAGGCAAAAAAGAUGAGAAGGGAGGUAGCUGCUAUGGAGAAGGAGGUAGCUGCAAUGCGUGUUGACAAGGAACAGGAUAAUAGGGUGAAACGGAUUGGGAACUCAAAGGCGCCUGCUGUCAACACCUCUCAGCUGCUCCCAACCAGGAACAUAGGACGAGGGGGGUUAACACGAAGCAGCCAAUAACAAAGAAAAGAGAAAGGUUGUUUUUAGUUGACAUGAUAUAUAAUGUUAGCUAGCAUACAGAUGGGAAUGAAGAAAUGUGAGUGAUGCUAACUGAGUUGAGUUGAGUUGAGUUGAGUUGGGGUGUAGUUAUACAUAUACUACUUUUAUAUAGGGAAGGGUUAGUUGCUUUGCUUUGCUUUGCAUUUGCUUUUGUGCUUAUUAGUGUGAUUUGUGAUGAUGUUAGUAUUUGCUUAUUGCUUAUUGGUUGUGGUAAGGUUCAUGUUUCAGUUUCACUGCUGCAGUGACUGCAUUCUUUUUUU